UGUAAGUUUUGAUCUCCCGUGAAGGUGGAGUUUUCUACUGCAUCACAUGCACUUGAUGCUGCUGCCGCGCUCAGCGCCGAGGCUGUUGUCCUGAAACCAGAAGGACAUCAGGAACAGGAAGCUGCAGAAAGACGCAGCCAGCGUUUUGCGACAUUUUCACUCUUACUUUGAAAAGCAGCGAAUUGCCAACAAAGAUGCGUUCAACGCACAGGUGAAAGAACAGCGAACUUCUGCACCACUGCAACUUUCUUUCAACCCAAUUUCUCGUGGAUUUGGUUGAUGUUUUCUUUUAGGUUGUAGUUUGAAAUAACCGAGAGAGACACCGCAGUUGUUGAAAUCUUUUUUGGGGGAAGCAAUGUCUCGCAAGAAGGCAGCCAAAGGCAAAGCCCCUAACAGCAGCCCGUCAGCUGGCAGCCCAGGCGGGAAAGGCGUCGGAAAAGCUGCGAGGAGCAGCCCGAGCAUUGUUCAGAUGAACGGCGUGGUGCAUCCCAGCAGACCCUCCAUCAGCAGCAGCAGCGAGUUUUAUGACAUCGCUUUCAAGGUUAUGCUUGUUGGUGACUCCGGUGUUGGGAAAACCUGUCUACUGGUCCGUUUCAAAGACGGGGCUUUCCUUGCCGGCAGCUUCAUCUCCACAGUGGGAAUUGACUUUAGGAACAAAGUGCUGACCAUUGAUGGAGUCAAGGUGAAGCUGCAGAUCUGGGAUACAGCUGGACAGGAGCGUUUCCGCAGUGUCACACAUGCCUACUAUCGGGAUGCUCACGCUCUGCUCUUGCUGUACGAUGUCACCAACAGAUCAUCUUUUGACAAUAUACAGGCAUGGCUGACUGAGAUCCAUGAAUAUGCCCAACAAGAUGUGGUGCUCAUGCUGCUUGGAAACAAGGCUGAUGCCACUCAUAACCGGGUGGUAAAGAGAGAAGAUGGUGAGAAGCUUGCUAAGGAGUUUGGGGUUCCCUUUAUGGAGACCAGCGCCAGGUCAGGGCUGAAUGUAGAGCUGGCGUUCACUGCUGUGGCCAAGGAGCUGAAGCAUAGGUCCAUGAAGGAUCCCAGUGAAAAGUUUAAGCUGCAUGAGUACGUGAACAAGGAGAUGAAGGACGCUGGCUGCUGCAGGACCUAAAUGGCUGAAGAUGUGUGUCCAUGUGCCGAUUAACCGUCAUUUUAAUGUUGGAAAUCAUUUCUGGACUUAUGAAGGACGAUGAGUUGUCUCCACAGUUGUAAAAUCUUCCUGACAUUAAGUUUCUCUUGUUUAAAUCCUUUAAUAUUCUUCUACUCACCUAAUUGUUUCUUUAGCUAUGAAUGGAGACCAAGGUUAAGAUUGAACAUAUAAGACAGAACAGCUUAGUUAGAUCCAUGUUAAAAAUGAACAUUUUUACUUCUCAAGGCAGCUGUACUGUCUUUGACUAAUUAUUUUUGUUCAAAUUAAUUUAUUCACAACAUGAUUCUUUUUUUCUUUUGCGAAGAUGCUUAGUUGCAAGGCAGCUUAUUUCCCACAUGUCCUCAUUAUUUUUAUCUAUAUUGGCAGCUUUUGUUAGAAUGUUGUGGAUUAUUAAAUCUAGUUGUGUUUUGAUGUUUCUUCUGUACAUGUUUCAGUGACCAUAGACGUCUUUUAGCAGGCUCCAGGGGGUCGGGUUGACUUACCAGCACUAAUUCAGAAUAUUUUGAUGAUUCAUGGGUGAACAUUUGGGGACUUGCAUCCUUUCAUCACACAGUAAAAGCAAACUGUUGUUGCUAUUUUUGGUACAAAGUUACUGAUGAGAAGAGUUUGAAAAUUCCUAUGUGUAAAAAUGUUUAUCUUGCAUUGUUAACUUCUCUUUGUCAUUAUCUAAUGUACUUUUUUUUAUCUUAAGCCUAAUUGGGGUAGCACCGUGGAUAGUGGUUAGACCUGUUGCCUCACAGCAAGAGCAUCUUGGACUCAAAUUUUAGCUGACAUUAUUCUGGGUGGAGUUUGCAUGUUCUCCCUGUGCAUGCGUUGGUCCUCUCCAGGUACUACAGUAUUGCUCUCACAGUCCAGAAUCAUGCAUGCCAGGUUGACUUAAAUCACCCAGAAAGUGAGUGUGUGUGUGUGAACGAUUGUUUGUCUGACUUUUCAUAAGUGUUGGCUCUGUGAUUUGAUGACAUCUUGUCCAGCGUGUAACCCAUCAGUCACCUGCUGACCAUUUGAGAAAGGCACCUGCUGUGCUGUGACAAUGAAGUAGAGCAGAGAUAGGAAAUGAAUGGAUAAAACAAUUAAUGUUUAAAUACUAUUAUGUAUUAGGUGUUAAAAUAUGUCAAGAAUGUUGGUUGUACAUACCUAUUUUUUCCAUAUUUAAAUAAUUAUAAUAAAGCUUAAUAGUACCUUAAA